CCGGAAGUGAGCGGAGAGGAGGGACCGAAGAAUCACAACAGAGCGGCUCACUUGUGUUUUUGUGCCGCCGAAACACGCUGUUUGGUUUUUUUAUAUUUCUUUCCCCCUCGAAAAGCGAGACCGGACAUGUCACGAAAACCCAAAGAUGAAUACUACCGUUUCUUUACCGUCACCGACCCACGCGCACACGAGAAGGGACACACCGAGUACAAAGUGACAGCGAGGUUUGUGUCCAAGCGUCAUCCGGAAGACGUGAAGGAGGUGGUCGUGUGGAGGAGGUUCUCGGAGCUGAAGAAGCUCCACGGGGAGUUGGCCUACACUCACAGGAACCUGUUUCGCAGACAGGAGGAGUUUCCGUCUUUUCCCCGCGCACAACUGUUUGGCAGGUUUGAUGAGACCGUGAUUGAAGAGAGGAGGAAUGCCACCGAAGCCAUGCUUCUGUUUACUACCAGCAUACCUGCACUCUACAAUAGUCCACAGCUCAAGGACUUCUUCAGAGGUGGCGAAGUCACAAGGCCUCUGGAUGCCACUCCUCUGUCCUCUGCCGGGCCUCUGCCUUCCCCUCUCAUCCCCCUCCCAAGGCGGAGGGACUCGGACUGUGAACCAGCAGAGGAGGAGGAGGGAAGGGAGGCUCCCACCUUACCUCAGGACCUGGGCACCAACCUGGGCAUAGAAGUGGGAGAACCGGAGGUGGCGGCUGAAGCUUACAGCGAGAUGGGAGGCUCUCCAAGAGAAGAGCCAGAAGAAGAAGAAGAAGAGAUUAGCGAUACAGAGCUGGAUGACAGAGUUCCAACUCCUGACCAAUGCCCAGCCAGAAACCACCAAUCACAGGAGUCCCAGGAAGAAUUUGAUUCGCUGUUUGACUCAAUGGCAGAAGAGCAAGUCCCAUCCCCAAAAGAGGAAGGUCCGCCUCCUCUGACUGAUAAUGACUUGGCUGUCUUUGAUCCCUGCUAUAAACAAGAUAAAUCCAAUUCCUCCAGUGACCACUCAGAGUUGUUCUCACUGCCGCCGACCAGUCUGGACGGAGUGGACGUGGGUUACUUAAACCAGGCGGCCACUGAGCUAACAGCUGCAAUGGCGAGGGAGAAGGAGGGAGAGAUUAGUUCUGCCAUUCGUGGAUACAGGACAGCGGUGGAUAUCCUGAUCACUGGAGUACAGGGAGACCAAGAUCCGAUGCGCAGGGAAUCCGUGAUGAGAAGGACGGCCCAGUAUUUAAAGCACACGGAGAUGCUGGUCGACAGGCACUCCUCACCCACACACACUCACACACCUACACACACACAGGACCUAUAGAUGCACCCGCACGUUUUUAUAUCCACUGUCCACACAGACAGCUCAAAGACAACGAAGCUCAGGGUUGUGACACACAAACACACACACACACACACUCUCUUUCACGUUCUCUCUCUAUAGAACACUCUAGAACACUUACUGAUUCAGAAAUACAUUCAGGUGCAAAACUACCAACACACACACACACACACACACACACACACACACAAACACACAAACACACUCCUGAGGUACACACUACACAGCAGACUGCUACUUUAGCAGUCUUUGCGUAGUGAAAAAAAUGUGUCUAAAUAUACUAAAAUAUCUAAAUAUACAGCAAUUGUAGACUUAAAUGGAUAAAUAAUCCUUGAUCUCUUUCUCUUACCCUCCUUUUUAUAAGGUGUUCUUGUUAAAUACAGUUUGCAUUUUGCACAAACAAUGUUAUGAUUAAUAAAUGUGAUUUUAAUUUAA